GGCCGAUGUUGGCACCCCUUUGGACCUUUUCAGCACUGUGGUGUCUUUUCCGACGUCCCAGAAGACCUCAUCGGUGUUUUAAACAUGGUUUACAUCAAUUUCUUUGCUUUCGUUUUUUUUGACUAAAGAAAUUCCUCGUGAACCAAUCCUCCGUAUACUCCGCAUGCUCCUAGAUGUUGGCCUUCUACUGCUAACAGCAGACGUCUUACAAUAGUAGAACCUAGUGGAUGCAUACAGUGGGGAGAACUAGAGACGGCAGAUUUACGAUUUGAGACCACGAAACCAGAGAACGGAAUAGACAAACUGAAAGAAUUGUGGAGUUUGAUGUCGGUCCGGCCAACAUGGGCCGCGGAAUUACCGCAUAUUUUCGCAGCCUGUGGGUUUGUUGAUAUAGAGGAAGACGCUGUGGAUCCGCCACCUCAUCUGGCUUUUAUGUUACAUAAGUUGGCAGCUAUACACUGUGUAUAUGUAUAUGUGUAUGUUAGAGGGUUCUAUCUAACGAGAUGCAUGUUUCAGGUAGUUAACACAAAUUCUAAAAAGCAGAAUUAGCGAGGAAUGUAAAUGAGAUGGUAGGGGAUUGUAUGAGAUCCUAAGGAGUUGUGUUAGGGGAUAACUAGCUAAUAUUCGGUCUAAGCUUUUUGCCUUCUUUAUCAAAAUAAGGACCCGUCCAGAAACCCUUCGAGCUCACUUCCGGGGUUGAAGAGGAGGUUCUAAUGGUGUCUCUUCGAACGAGUUUGUUGGAAUGUGGGACAACAUCCUAUCUGGUAUUACGGUGUGAAAUGAAACAUAAUACUCGACGAUAAGAGUUAGGAUACCACUGUGUCCAGCUGAUAUUAAGAGUAGCAACUAUACCUAUAAUAGCCGUAGGAGCUACC